GUUAUCAUUCCUGUGCAAAGAGCCAGCUUUCAGGAACGUCCUGUGAUUGCAAGUCUAGGACCUAAAUUGUACAUUUUUAGAUCACUGGAGAAGGUGAAACUCUUAAACAAACGAUUUGCCAAAAUCCUAUCAAAAGCAAACUGUGCAACUGACUUGAUCAGGAUGAGGAUCAUUAUGACGUCAGUGUCGUUACUUAUCAUUGUUUUCACCACUGUGACUGAUGCCUUUAUCAAUUGGGAAUCAAUGCUACCUGAGCCAAUGCAGCCAAUGUUUGAACCAGCCCGUCCUCCCACAAAGCCACCACCAACUGCAUUCAUUCCUGUGAAAGAUUCCCGAUAUUGUGAUGAAUCUGAGUUAACGAAGAUUUUCUCAAAACGAGAACGACGUGCGGCAUCAUUGUGGCCAUUCAAUUGUCUUUAUGCCGGUAUCGUAUUCUACCAAGGAAAAUAUCAGUUCAUGCGUGACAUUUACAAAUGUUGCGAGAAGUGUGAUUUUCCAACUUACACAGCUUGUAUAAAGAAUCAUGGCUCAUCUAAGUGGCGAUGCCCAAGUGAUGGCGUAGUGGCGUACACUGUGUUCUCGACUGCGUCAAGAAGCAUGGACCAGGAACUAUCACAGUUAUAGAGAAACCAGGUCCAGGUGGCGAUUUUGAAGUCGAUACGACCGAAGGAGAAAUUGAAACUGGCGGUGAAGGAAGAGUUAUUGAGGUGCCAAAAAUAUUGGAAUGCGAGAGAAUGGAGAGACUUACGAACGGAAAGACUUGUAUAAGGAGAUUAUGCGUUCCACUGAAGUCAUGAGCGAGUAACAAUAAUUCAAUGACUUUGAGAAAGAGGCACUAUAGCUAUAAUCUUUUGUUAUUGUGUAAACUUUCUUUUACACUAUUACUGUGGUAUAAAAAAUUAGUAUAGACUUAAUGAGCGAUCCUUCAUUUAUGGAUAUAUGUAUAAUUUACGUUGACUCCGUGUUUUCCAAACAUUUAUACUCCGUGUUUCCCAUGUUUUUGGCAGACUACGUGUUUUCCAUAACUUUUGACUCCAUGUUUUCCAAUAUUAUUACGUCAGACUCCGUAAUUUUGACUUCGGGACUCCGGCUCCGAAACUCCGGCUCCGAAACUCCGGCUCCGAAACUCCGGCUCCGAAACUCCGACUCCGUGUUAUGCAAGUUGUGAUGUGGCAACGUUGAAUCAAAGCUAGAUAUUUAUUUCACCCGCUCCUCGUGCUGCAAAAUAAAGUCAUCCUAUUGGCUGAACACUCCCGGCCUGACAGCUCAACAUUGCUUCUGAUUUGACGAGCAUAGUAAUUUGAAUAAUAUGAUUAAUUCUUUCCUUUCAUUUCUGAU